AUGCUGGCACAUGCAGUCUUAGCCGCCGCCGACCGUUUCAUUGCGAUUCCGACACAGCUCGAACGCCAUGGCUGCACCGGCCUGCAACCGGCGCGCUUGGGAACGCCGCACGGCAGCGCGGGCAGCGCGACCUUGACGCCUCCCGGGCCCAGCGAGGGCCUGCGCGUCGAGGACCCCCGCAACCUGCGGCGGAAGCUGGAGGGGGCGCUGGCGUCGCAGCGGGCUCAGGACGCGUUCGUCGCAGGGCUGGCGGAGGUCGUGGCGGACGAGGGCACGCUGCGGCGGGCGCUGUUGCCCAUGAUCAACUACGCCAAUGGCGACAGCCUGCUGCGGAUGACGCUUAACAUGCAGCGCGUGCAGUCGCGCGUCGCGUCGCUGCUGCUUGAGAAGCUGCCGGAGUUCUGUGGCGACUCGGCGGAUGGCGGCGGGGCGCUGGACGGGGCCGCGGGGCCGCACGAUGGGACGUCCAUCCCCAGCCUCAUCUUGGGACAGCUGCGCUGGCUGGAGGCGGUGGUGGACGCUGGGGGCCUCACUGACAAGGUCUUGCAGGUCCUGCCUGUCUGCCCGCCGCAGGUGCAGCAGCAGCUUGUGGGGUUCUUACCGGAGGUCGCCUCCCCGGAGGAGCACGAGCGCGUGGUGGAGGCGCUGCUGGGGCUGCUGGAGCAGGACACAGGGUUUGUGGCGUGCGUGCUGGAUGCUGUCGGGGACAUGCAGCUGGAGCCAGGCCUGCAGGCCCACGCGGUGGAGAGCCUGGGCCAGCAGCUGCAGGCUGUGGAUGUGGACGACCUUCCUGCACUGGUCAGGUUCCUCCUCGCCAACACGACGCCCCACAACGCCCAGGACGUCGCCGCCGGCGUCCGCGCCUGCCUGCAUUGCGCCUCACCCACCGACCCGCGGCUGGCCGUCCCCGACAGCAAGCAGAAAGGGCCGGCCGGCGGGCGUAGCAAGGUGCUGGCUGAGGCGCGCGUGCUGCGGGAGCUCGGCGCCGCGCUGCAGGCGAGCGACCCGGCGCGCGGCGGCCUGCUCAAGGCGGUCGGGGCCCUGUCAGAGCCACGGCAGCACAGGGCCGUUGACCUAUGGGCACUACUGCUGAUCUGGCAGCACGGCGCGUCGGCGCCGCAGCACGCGCGCGCGGCGGAGGCGCUGCUCAGGCGGAAGGUGCUGGAGGGCCAGGCGGGGGCGAGGUGGCUGGAGGGCGCGGUCUGGGACCACCAGGCGGUCGUUCAGGACCUGUGGCAGCCGUUUUUGGGGCUCGCGGCCGCCUGGUCGCGCGCAAAGGAGCCGCAGCUACGGGUAGCUGCCGGGCAGCUGUACCGGUGUCUGUUUGUCAGGGUGGACAGCACGCCCCAUCGGCAGGAGGUGCUGCAGGCGCUGCACGGUCACCUGGGCUCCGGGCAGCAGCAGGAAGAGGAUGUGGCGCUUGAGGCCCUGCUGCUGCUGGCGCACCGCCACACGGAGCUGCUGGCGCGCUUUGGCGCGUUCCUGGCGUCCAUCCUGGACCACUUGGAAUGCUUCAGCGACACGCAGCUGCGGCAGGUGUUUGAGAUGUUUGCGGCGCUCACCGCGCCGUCAGCCGGCGGCGCGUCGGGGUCGUCUGGUAGCGCAGGUUUCUGCCAGGGCGGGCGCUUUGAGGACGAGCUCCACAUCACGCUGACCAAGGCACUGGCACACACCAGCCCCGUCUAUAAGCGUAUCGGGAUUGUGGGCGGCCUGGCUAUGCUGCGGCGCGAGGCGGCGGCGUACGCGGCGGCGGUGGAGGGCUGCGGCCCCGGGGAACCAGACGCGGUGGCGGCCGGCAUCCCCCAGCUCGAGGCCGCCGGCCCCAGCGCUGCCGUGGGUGCGGGCGCGACAGCAGCCGCCCCGCAGCAGCUGGCGCCGGAGGCCUCCGCACCGCUGCCGCAGCCGCUCGCUUCGUGGCUGUCCGGCAGGGUCCAGGACCUCCUCUAUGAGGGCGGCGGCUUCCUGGCCGAUAAGCGCGAGGACGCGGUCGACGGCGCUGCUGGCGACGCCGACGCGGCGGCGCUGUUCGCGCCGGGCGCGCUCGACACGGGGGAUUCCAAGCUGACGCCCGCGCUGUGGUUUAACCUGGACGGGCCGUCUGCGUUGUGCGCCCUGAAGGUGCUGCCCAUCGCUGCCAGCAACGACCCCCGGGAGAGGGCAAAGCUGCUGUGGCUGGCGCCACUGCUGCGGCUGCUGGCGGCGCUCACUCAGCAGGUUGGUGCGCAGAGCGGCGCGUGGGCAUCGCUGCCCGGUGCCAGCCGGCUGGCCGCACUGGGCGCGCUGUUUCACGCGGUGGCGUGGGUGCGGGAGACGGUCAACUGCUUCGCGCCGCAGAUUGGGGCCUACGAUGUCGCCAUGGCCACCCAAGCCGCCCAGGACGAUGCGAGGAUGCAAUCCCUUGCCGAGCACCAGACCAAGGUGCUGGCGCGCCUCGUCCAGCUGAGGCAGCUGGAGGAGCUGCUGCAGCACCUGGCGGCCACGGGGACGGCUUCCGAGCAGCUGCCCGACCUCGCGCACCCCCUGUCGGCCGCGGCGCUGCGCGGGGCGGGCGCGGCAGGCGGCGCGGGGACGAGCGCGGGCGGCUCGAAGGAUGGCCAGGGCAAGGGCCUGGCCGGUCCAAAGCCCGAUGACGUCAUGCGGAAGCUGAGGUGCCUCGAGCUCCCGUCCCUGCAGGCGCUGCACGCCGCUCCCUCCAUCCAGGCCCAGCUGAGCGUGCUGCUGCCGGCCGCGCACCUGGUGGCCGACCUGCAAGCAAAGCUGAAGGCCGUCCUUGGCAGGGCCAGGCGCCCAACCUUUGCGGCGGCCGCUGCGGCGCAGCUCCCGCCAUGCCUGGAGAGCGUCGGGCCCGCCGAAUUGGCGCGUCAGCUGGAGCCGCUUCUGCCAGCGCUGCAGCAGCACCUGUCGCUGGCGGUGGCGACCAUCAGGGAGCCGCCCGAGGGGCCUGGCGCAGAGCUGCUGACAGCCGGCCUGCCUGGAUUCGACGACGCCGCCAGCCGCGCGCUGUCCGCAUUGGACUGCACCAGCCGGCCGCUGGACGUGGGCACGACAGCGCACGAGCUCGCGCUGUCCUGCAUGCGCGUGCUGACUACACUGGUUGGCCCAGCCGCUGGCAUGCCCAGCACUAGCGGGCAGCCGCUGGCGCAGCCGGGCCAGGAGCAGCAGCAGCAGCAGCAGCUGGGGGGGACGGCGGCGGCGGCGCUGAGCGCUCUAGCGCCAGCUGCUGGCGCGGCGGCGAGCAGCAGCGAAGGCGUGCCGCCGGCGCGCCUGGCCGCCGCGGCGUUCGAUGCGGCGGCGCGGCUGUCGUGCCUCCCCUCGGGGCUGUCUGACCUGGAGCUGGAGAUGGCGCUGCUGGAGUUGCAGGCCGCCAUCAUUGUGUCAGCGGGCGCGCCGCCGGCCUCGAAGCUGCGGAAGAAGCUGUCGCGGGCCGCGGAGGCGCUGCUCCAGGAGACGUGGGCCGCGGGCGCAGACGAGGCGGAGGAGGAGGGCAAGGGGUUCAGCUGGAAGGGCCAGAAUGCCGCCAUAUCUCGGCUGCUGGCGUUGUGGGCCGGCCACGCGCCCGAUCCAAGCGCCACGCUGCAGCAGCUGGCGGGGCUCUUGAAGAAGGUGCCUGGCGGCAAGGUGGCGGCCAAGGAGCAGCUCGCGCCCAUCGAAGGGUACGCCGCGCUCUGCGUGGCCACGUUCCCUACUUGGUACAGGGUGGUGUUUGAGCAGCUGGUGGCCCUCGCAGAGCACCUGUCGGCCCAAGCGCUGGCGUUCGUUUCGCCACAGGGCGGCGAGGGCGGGGCCGACGGCGGCCCUGCCGCAGCCGCAGCGGGCGGGGCGAGCGGCAGGGGCAAGGGGGCCGGCAAAAAGCCGUCGGCGGCUGCGGCGGCGGCCACGCGCCUGGCGGAGUGCAAGCACGAAGAGGUCGACGCGGUGAUGUCGCGGUAUCAGCGUGCCGCCCAGUGCUUCUCUGCACUGGUGGAGCUCUCCAAGACCCACCAGAACAGGACCGGCCUGCUGGGACAGGCCAUCAAGCAGGGCGGCCGCUUCGUGGACCAGCUCAUCCGCGCGCUGCCCUUCUGGCACGCGGCCCACGCCAACGGCGGGCAGGGCGCCUUUGAGAGCCUCAUCAAGGACGCCCAGCGCGGCACCAAGCUGCUGCAGAACAUCUGCAAUGAGGCCAAGGCGAAGCGCUCCGCGCAGCUGCUGUCCAGGGCGCCGGCCGUGAAGAAGUCGAUGGAGCGCUGGCUCUACGAGAUGAGGGCACUGUAUCAUGAGCUGGGUCUGGCGGGAGGCUUCCAGAUUGGCAACCUGAAGAACAGGGACUUGGGGGGCACUGUUGUCAGCUCCCAGAUGUUCUGCAGCGAUGAUGGCGAGGAUGAUGAGGAGGAGGCCGCAGAGGAGGAGUACGUGGAGGAGGGGGACGAGGAGGAAGCUGAGGAGGCGGAGGAUGCGGGGGGCGAGGAGGGGGACGAGUGA